CGCAUUGCGCCACUCAAGAGCACAUAUAGUUAGGUGGGACAACCAGUUUCAGUCAUAGUAAGUACAUUUUUCAGGAAAAUAAGUUACGUUGUAAGAUAGGCUACAUAAGUUCAAAAUGCUGUCAUAACAGAUGCCAUAUAAUUGUUAGUCAUCUUAUGACAGCUGACACGUUGCUGUCAUGUGACACAAACAGAACAACGGAUGUGCCAUAUCGCUCAUUCACUGUUUCUAAACAGAUUACAGGAGUGUCUGUGGGUCAGAAAAACACGGACAACUCACUAUUGUUGUGUUAUUGCACUGGAGGAAGAGGAAGAGGAAGAGUGCACACGUCUGUUUUGACUGUGAGAUAAGACGAACCAGCAACAACACUCAGUCUCUCUACAACUUUAUUAAAAAUAUAUUUUAAAUAUACUUUACAGUCAGAAUUGUAACGGUCAAAUAAGUAACUGAUAGAUGUAGAACACGGUGUUAUAAACACACAAUAAUAACACGGUAGAGAAUGCACUUUACCCUACACGAGUCACAACUUGGACACGCGCCAGCGUUUCCCUCCCCGAGGUCACAACGAAUGAGCGAAACGCAGAGGCGUAGAAGGGAUUUGUUGUUCAUGUACUGUAGUCUCCCGUAGUUCAGCUCGGGGAGGUUAUAGGUGGUGGCCCGACAUAACAGGAGUCUCUGGUUACACGGUUACGUUACGAUUUAACGUAGUUGCGUCUACUCUCCCCACGGGAAAAAAUGUAGUAGCUCCUCGUGCUUUAGGCCUACUGUGAAAACCGGAGACCUCGAGAGCGCGUCUUUUUUUGGAACUGUCCGCGCCUAGGAAGAAAUCAAAACAACAAUGCAGAGUUGCACCAAUAUAUCAGAUACAGCCAAGGAGUUAUGUGACGCGGUGUCAGUGUCUUUAGGUUUGAGUUCGCAGUUAAACGAGAUAGUGGAUAAUGGACGGAGCGGCCCUGCCUUCUCUGCAGACAGCGGCCCAAAUCAUGGAAACCGUUUUUCAGUCUCCGAGGAGUCAUCUCCAGAGUUUGGAGCUGGCGCAAGUAUGACCUCAGAGUUAACCACCCAGAUGCAGAGGAAAACGAUACUUCAAUCAAAUGAACUCAGGCCAUCGUUCGAGGUACAUCAAGACAUUUGUGGACAAAAUUAUGUCGGUUUUUUACAGACCCUGGAGCGCGAAAGGGACAGCGCAUGGAAGGUGACGAGGCCUAUGCACGAGUUGGAAAUGGCCCGAGGUCUCCGUAAAAACUCGGACAUGUUCGUGAAUCUGGAUAACGCUAAUGCGCUCUCGGUGCCCUCUCAGUUUGACGAACUGUUACCUUUAAGUUCUCCAUUCCGUAAAGACGCCCCAGACACGUUAUUCGGUAGGGAUUAUACGGAUCCAUCGACCGUCAAUGGCCUCAUCAAAAGCAGCCUUAACAAAACCGAACCAGGGCACGAGGGACCCUGUCCGGUGGCGGGUGGAUCUUGGUUCUGUAAAUAUUUGGACAACGGAAAUUGCAUGUCUUGUGGAGCACGUAAAGUCUGUCCCCCUGGGGUUAACUAUCAGGACUAUGACCAUGGGAUGUCACAAGAGGGUCGUGUCCAGGAGCAAAGUUACCAAAGUGUGAUGCAUGAAAGCGGUCUUCAACAAGUGUAUCACUCCGCUAUCAAGAAGGAGAGUUCUGGAUGGAUGGGUGCUGACGCCAGACUGAGAUGUGAGGAUAUGUUGCCAGUGUAUUUCUCUGACCGGAGGGUGUGUAAGGUAUGUGGAGAUGAGGCGUCAGGCUGUCACUAUGGAGCUGUUACCUGUGGGAGCUGCAAGGUGUUCUUCAAGAGGGCUGCAGAGGGUGAGCCAUACACACACACAUGCAUGCACUCACAUAUAUCACUUUGUUUACAUUCAUUUUACUAGGCUAGUCAGUUAAGAACAAAUUCUUAAUUACAAUGAUGGCCAAACCCUAACCCGGACGACCCUGGGCCAAUU